ACACCCAAUUCUAAAAUCUGAAUUUCUGAAUUUUCUGAAUGGCUGUUCGUGUUUUCCUUUCCUGUACUGCUUCUAAAUCAGUGAUCAGUUCAUUCUUUAAGAUGUCUGCGAGUAGCAGUAUAUUUAGACACUCGUCUACUGCUGCUAGUUCAGUUACAUUAGAGUGCAAGGGAUCAGUGGCUAUCAUUAAAAUGUGUAAAGGAGAGAACAGGUUCACUCCAACCUUCUUUAAAGAAUAUUUCAAAGCAUUGGACGACAUAGAGAGUAAUAAAGAUAUAAAAGCAUUGAUCACAACUGGUGAUGGCAAGUUCUAUUCUAAUGGACUAGACCUUGAUAACUUCCCAUCUUAUUCACCUGAAGAUGUUAGAGUUCUCUUUGACGUCAAUUUGAAUACUUUAUUUAAAAGAAUGUUGACAUUUCCAGUAAUAACAAUAGCAGCAAUAAACGGUCAUUCAUUUGCAGGUGGUGGCCUAUUAGCAUUAACACAUGACUAUAGACUAAUGAAGAGAGAGAGAGGUUGGUUCUCACUGCCUGAGGUACUCUUAAAGAUGGAAUUGACUAAACCACUAAUGGAACUAGCAAAAGCCCGUCUC